AUGGCGCCUAUCAUCAAUCCCCAGGAAAGCAUCCAGGCUUACCGCCAUCGUCUGGAUGGAGUCGCAAUAUCAACCUACGUCCUCAUCAUGCUGCUCGUCCCCCUAAAGAUCUUCUGCCGACAACGCCAUGGGGGAUGGCACAACGUGCGAAUGGAUGAUUACAUGUCCAUGUUUGCACUGGCAUGUGCGAACGGCUUCUUUUAUUUGCUUUGCGUCAUCUUCAACUGCAUCCCUGUUCACGCCGCGUGGGACAUCACCGUCACUGGCGCAAAAUGCAUACCUAUCCGCUCCAUCUACCUCGGUGGCUCCGUCCCCAACGUGGUUCUCGACCUCUUCAUCGUCAUGCUACCUAUCCCGCACGUCUGGCGUCUGCACGCACCGCUGGCCCAGCGCAUCGUCCUAGCAGGCAUGUUCGCUCUAGGCACCUUCAUCGCCGUCGUCUCCCUCGUGCGCCUGAUCAUCUUCCUGCAAAUCCCCAUUGCCACCCAGGGCGACGUCACCUACAACUUCCGCGAGAUCAUUGUAUGGUCCAUUGUUGAGAUCAACAUCGGCCUCACGUGUGCCUGCUUGCCUAGCCUGAAGCCAGCUUUCCAGAUGAUUGGACUUAACAGGUUAUUUUCCUUUUCUUCUUCGAGGCCCUCGGAGAUGCGUACACCAGGCGCCAGCGGUGUGUCAGGUGGAUUGGACGACUUUUCAAAUCCCAAAAUGGGAUCUGGACGGCCUCGCAAGAAGGGCGCUACAGGGGGUCUGUUUUCGACCCUGGCGGGUAUGAGUCGUAUGGAGGACGAGGAAGAGUGCAAGUUUGUUGACGACAACAUGGGGAAGAACAAUGUCGAAAUUGAGAUGGGCCGGGUUAGUGGUGAUAGCGGGCAGAGGACGCAGAGUGGUGGUAUCAGUGUUCAAAAGAACUGGAGCGUGUUGGUAGACGAGAGAAAGACUGGACACUCGUAA